CACAAACACAUGCGAGCCGUUUAUGAUGCGAGCAGCUGAACGCUUUGUAGUAGCUAUAUCCAUCAAUAGAUACUCUUGAUUUGCAGUGGUAUUGUAUUGCGAUAGGCUGUAUCAGAAAAUAUUGUUGUGCCACACUCGAUAAUGCAAAUGGCAGUCUCUGAAUGUAUUGUGGACUAGAGCAGACGUUGUCAAUAUUAGUGACGGGAUGGUAAUAGCUCACUAGGCUACUCACUAAGUAGCAGAGGUUAUAGUUUAUAAGACUUAAAUAGAUCAUUAACGUUAGUUUGAUUUCAUCUGCUAAACCCUUUUGCAUGUUCAGUCAGUGGUGCUUAGAUAUUUCUAGUGCUAGUUGUACGGUGUGCUUCUCUGGUAUAAUUGAGGAUCAUGUUUAUAUUUCGCAUUAACCAGAAAACUGCUUGAUCUUGCACAAACUUCCAGAACCUUUAGUAUUAAUACGAAAAAUACGCUUUAUAAUAUGCCCUGCAAUAGUCUCAACAUGUAUACGAUGUUCAGGUUGAUGUCUCUGCGGUCAGUCAAGCCGUGUGUUUCGUUCCAGACCAUGAGAAAAGGAUGUCAAAUCGCACCUUAUCAUUGUUCCAAGAGUCUGUCAUGGUCAAGUAACAGUGGCUCAAAGCAAAUUGUCAAAUGGAAGCGCAGUGCAAUCAGCAGUGCUGGUCUCCGCAACAGGGCUAAAGUCUUAUCAGAGUGGGAAGAUGACCUUGCACACUCCAUGGACAGUGGUCAAUCAGUUGUUCCUCACAAGCGUCGUAGUAAAGUGACUCCUGUUCUCCAUGGGAGAGGAACGGGAGCAGAACAAAAAAUAUCCCCUGAGCUCCAAACUCUCAGGUUGGAGGACCUACCUGCGGGCAAUCGGAAGACAUUCCAGACCCCCAAAGAGGAUAAUUCAUUGGUCAAGGGUAAACAGGAUGACCUGGUGUUUGGGUUGUCCCCAUGCCUACUGGCUCUCACGCAAGGCAGGAGGAAGGCGUCCAUGCUCUUUGUCAAAGAGGAUGAUGAUGGGCAGAGGGAUGCAGUGCAGAGAGUGUGUGAGGAGGCCAUCAAACGUGACGUUCAGAUCAAGUGGGUCCACAAGAGAGAUCUGGACAGAAUGACCCUGGGACGUGUCCAUCAGGGUGUCUGCCUGCAGGCCAGCCGUCUACAGUACCUCAGGGGGUGGUCCGUCAAACCUCAAAAGGAUGAGCAUCGCAAUCAUAUCCCACUCUGGCUGGUUCUUGAUGGUAUUCAAGAUCCGAUGAACUUAGGUGCUAUUCUCCGCUCUGCUUAUUUCCUUGGUGUGGAUAGAAUUGCCAGUAGCCUUCAGAACAGCUGUCAUCUUACACCUGUCGUAAGCAAGGCCAGCUCUGGGGUGAUGGAGGUUAUGGAAAUCUAUGGCUAUGAUAACUUGGAAGACAUGAUUAAGGUAAAGAAGGAAAAAAAAUGGCAAGUCAUAGGAACAGUGGGCAUUGAGGAGAAGGCCUCUGAGGUUCAGACUGUAAAAUGCUCAGAUUUCCAGAUGCAAAAACCUACGCUAUUACUGAUGGGUGGAGAAGGUCCCGGACUGUCCCCAGAUCUGCGGGCUCUUUGUGACGUCAUGCUCACUAUCCCACCCCGCCGAGAGCUCCACCCAGGCGUGGAAUCACUUAAUGUAUCUGUGGCAACAGGCAUCCUCUUGCACUCUCUCCUCACCCCUCGCUCUAGAGGCCGUCAGUGAUUGGAGUUGGAUUUGGUUGAGCUCCAGGUCUACUCUAUUUAGGAGAAUGCAGUACUUAUUGCCACCCCUUCACACAGAGGUCUGACUGUUUCAGAUGGCUUGCAAGGACAUGCAGACGGUUUAUCUCUUGUGGUGGAGCAGUGUUGUCUGGCAGUGAAAAAAAUCACGAGUGUUAAAUUAUAACAAUGUGUGAAAAGCUCAUAUCUGUUCAUUGAAAAAUUAAUAUCAACUAUUAAAAUAAUUGUUAUAAAGAAGCUUAUUUGGGUAUUUAAAUAUAUAUUUUUUUUUGU